AUGGCCGAACACCUGCCACGUCACAAUCACCUGACAGAUACUUACCAGCCUUGCGCGUUCCGGCUGAGGUCAGAGUUCACAGAGAGUUCCAAGCGGCCGGAUACAGCAACUCAUCUAUACGUCAGCCAAGCCCGUUAUUCUGAGCACCUGGAGUCUGCAUUCAUCAAGGUCGAGGAAGAAGAGUGGUCAUCCAUUAAGGAAGAGUUCAUACACAUGAAAGGUUUCAGAAAAUAUCUUGGUGCUGAGCGGCAGGAGGCAGCAUGUCCUGGCGAGGAAGAAGAGCUGCCAUACGUUAAAGAGGAGGAGCAUAUCACCAGGUCAAAUGGUGAGCCCUUGAAGAGUGAAGAUGGUCAGAGUGAGGUCAGCAGAGGAGCUGAGUCUCUAGGUGGCAGCAGCUCAACAGAAGAAUUGCAAGCAGACAAUUUCAUCGCUCCAUCAGACAGAAAUGGCACCACGUCACACUCACCUUACAAUGAGGAUGGUCAUAAGAAAUCUCACAGUGACAACAAACUCUGCAAAUGCUCUCAGUGUGGGAAAACCUUUGCUAACAAGUAUACUUGUCGUAGGCAUAUGAGGAGCCACACUGGAGAAAAACCUUUUUCCUGUUCAGUUUGUGGUCAAAGAUUCACUCAGAAGGAAAACUUAAAAACACACAUAAGAACCCAUACUGGCGAAAAACCUUUUUCCUGCUCAGUUUGUGGUCAAGGAUUCUCUCGUAAGCAAAACUUAAAAACACACAUAAGAACCCAUAAUGGCGAAAAACCUUUUCCCUGCUCAGUUUGUGGUCAAAGAUUCACUCAGAAGAAAAACUUAAAACUACACACAAGAACACACACUGGUGAAAAACCUUUUUCCUGCUCAGUUUGUUGUCAAGGAUUCUCUCAAAAGCAAAACUUACAACGUCACAAAAGAAGACACACUGGCGAAAAAGCUUUUCCCUGCUCAGUUUGUGGUCAAGGAUUCUCUCUAAAGCAAAACUUACAAUGUCACGAAAGAAGACACACUGGCGAAAAACAUUUUCCCUGCUCAGUUUGUGGUCAAAGAUUCACUCGGAAGGAACACUUAAAACUACACACAAGAACACACACUGGUGAAAAACCUUUUUCCUGCUCAGUUUGUGAUCAAAGAUUCACACACAAGGAAAGCUUGAAAAUACACACAAGUACCCACACUGGCGAAAAACCUUUUUCCUGCUCAGUUUGUGAUCAAAGAUUCACUCACAAGGAAAGCUUGAAAAUACACACAAGUACCCACACUGGCGAAAAACCUUUUUCCUGCUCAGUUUGUGGUCAAAGAUUCACUCAGAAGGAAAACUUGAAAACACACUUAAGAACCCAUACUGGCGAAAAACCCUUUUCCUGCUCAGUUUGUGGUCAAGGAUUCUCUCAAAAGCAAACCUUAAAAAUACACAUAAGAACCCAUACUGGCGAAAAACCUUUUUCCUGCUCAGUUUGUGGUCAAAGAUUCACUCACAAGGAAAACUUAAAAACACACAUAAGAACCCAUACUGGCGAAAAACCUUUUUCCUGCUCAGUUUGUGGUCAAGGAUUCUCUCGUAAGCAAAACUUAAAAACACACACAAGAACCCAUAAUGGCGAAAAACCUUUUCCCUGCUCAGUUUGUGGUCAAAGAUUCAUUCAAAAAAAAUAGCUUGAAAAUACAUACAAGAGCCCACACUGGCGAAAAACCUUUUUCCUGCUCAGUUUGUGGUCAAGCGUUCGCUCAUAAAAAAACCUUAAAACACCACACAAGAUCACACAGUGCUGAAAACCCUUUUUCUUGCUCAGUUUGUGGUCAAGGAUUCGCUCAGAAGGAUCGGAUGAAGCGACACGUGUGUGUUGGUAUUAGAAGCAGUGGCCAAUGACUGUUUUGCCAGUCAUCCAUGCUGGCUUCUUCAGAUUUUGCACGCAGGUUAUAUUAGGAGUUACAUUCGUAUUCGUGGCAUUUUUGUGAAAGCAUUUUUGUUUGGACUUGCCGUUUUUUUUAUUACCUCUUCUGGCCAUGAAAGCCUUGCCCUUGGUUCUCUCGCCGACUCGGUUCAUGCCUCUUUUUAUUUUUAUUUUCCCUCACGUGUUCUGGCGUGCUCCCUUGUUUUUCCAAAUAAA